AUGGAGCUGCUGCGCUCCUCUAUGUUCCUGGCGCUGAUAUCAGCGUCGGCCCUGGUCUGGGCUCAGAGCGAUGACUUGGGAGUAGCAAAUGGCUAUACGAAUCUAAAGACGCGCAAUUUUGACCUCCAGCUUGUGACGGACGCUCAGAUUCUGGCAUCUCUCAAGCCAUCGGGAUCAUCGUUCGACUUCUUACCGUCCGAUUAUCUGCCCUACCGAGCUGCUAACGGUCAAUACCAUAUCGGCGACAUCACCUUCCGGUACCGCGAGACAGGGGGUGAGGGAUGGACCACAGGCGAUUCCUCCCAGGCUCGCACUGUUGUCAAGUCUCUCAAUGCCGAUGCCCUUGCCACGGCAGACCUGAAACCCACACUACCGAGCGGUUCUGCGUUACAGGUUGUUCGCCAAUGGCUAGACGUCGACGGGGACUUGGGCAUGAGCUUUACCCUCACCAACACGGGCAAUCGCAGCGUGGAAAUCGGCAGUCUAGGCUUCCCAAUUGAGGCAAACAGUAUCUUUACAAAUCGCACAGCCGAUGAGGUGACCGCGCACUGCUCCCUCGUGGACCCUUACAUCGGGCUCGAUGCCGGCUACCUACAAUUUACUCCAACGUCUGGACAGGGCCCAGCUUUAAUCAUUACGCCCUUGGCCAACACCAGUACCCCCUUCGAAGCUUGGCGCAACCUGGAUGAGGUACCGGACCAGUACACGGGAUACAAUAGUCAGACCUUUGAAGGGUUCUACGAGUGGCAAACUCAUUCGAAGGCAUAUGCCGAGAACGAAUGGGCUACGGUGACUCCGUGGAACAAGCCAACCGCACGGAGCCUCAAGCCCGGCGAAACGACCACCGUCGGUCUUCGGUUCUCCGUAGUGAAGGAUGGUGUGCGCAAGAUUCAGAAAGCUGUCCAGGGGACAAACACCCCCUUGGCGAUCGGAACGGGCUACAUCGUUCCCCGCGACCUCACGGCACAGCUGUUCCUCUUUCAUUCGGCCAAAGUGUCCGAGAUCGUGUCCGACGACAAAGCCUUCGAGGUCACACAGCUUUCGCCCACCUCGAUUGCCCUUUCUCCCACUGUGUCAGCCUGGGGACGAACCACAGUCACCAUCACAUAUGCCGACGGAAAAACUCAGUCCGUUCAUUACUUUAUCACAGAUGCUGCCCCGGAUGUAAUCUCCAAGCUCGGCAACUUCUCCACUACUGCAAUGUGGUUCGACGAUAGGCAGGACCCCUUUGGCCGAGCUCCCUCCGUCAUCACCUGGGACGCUGCCACACAAGCACAAGUUCUGCAAGAGGCACGCGUUUGGAUCGCGGGCCUGAUGGACGAAGGUGGCGCCAUAUUUCUUGCGUCCACCAUGAAAGAGCACGGCCUUCCCAACGCCGCGGAAGUUGCUAAACUGGAAGCAUUUGCAUCCAAAGUGCUUUUCGGCAGCAUCCAGAAUCCCGACUUUACCGUUCGGAAAAGCGUCUUCUUCUACGACCGGGAUCAACUUCCCGGCUAUACAUACAGCGGUAAUAUCGACUGGGGAAACUGGUGGUCCUGGAAUAAGGAAGCCUCGUACUCCACCGAUCGCGCAUAUGACUAUAUCCACGUCAUCGGGGCAUACUGGUCGUUGUAUCGCGCCGGUCGCGACAAUCCUUCUCUCCUCAAAGUGCACCCAUGGCAGUGGUAUCUGGGCCAGGCGUACAAUACGACAGUGGCCUGCUUCGCAACCGAUUCCGCCGGGAAUGGUCUAAUUAGUUACUCUCGUCUGGGUCUUAUGGGAGAGACCGUUGUCGGUGAGCUUCUGGCAGAUCUUCAGCGGGAAGGCUGGACCGAAGAGGCCGAUGCAGUAGAGACCGCCAUGAAACUUCGAGCGGAUGCAUGGGACUCGCAGUCCGAGCCCUUUGGUAGCGAGAUGGCAUGGGACUGCACCGGGCAGGAGGGAGUUUACUACUGGAGCAACUAUUUCAAUCUUACCAAGACGUCGACAAAGACCAUCAAUAGUAUUCUGGGCCUCAUGCCAACGGUAUCACACUGGGGCUGGAAUGGAAGCGCCCGGCGCUACUGGGACUUCAUCUAUGGUGGGAAGCUGCAGCGGAUUGAACGCAUGAUCCAUCAUUAUGGGUCCAGCCUCAACGCACUGCCCCUUCUCGCUCAGUUCCGGCGGAACCCAAGCGAUACAUAUCUCCUUCGAGUCGGGUACGGCGGCAUUACCGGUCCCUUGAGCAAUAUCCGGAAAGACGGUUCGAUGUACAAUGCCUUCCACUCAUUCCCCGAUACGCUCCGGGGCGAUGAUUAUUCUGGAGACUACGGCCCUAGCUUCCUUGGAAUGAUCCUCGGCUCCGGCACGUAUGUUGUCGAUGACCCAGAUGUUGGCACCAUAGCGUACGGCGGCAACCUGGUAGUGGACGGCGAAACGGUCACUGUGCAACCGCGCGAUGCAGUCCGACGGCGUGUAUACGUUGCAUCGAUAGGCGUUUAUGUCACAAUCAGUACCGGCCAAAUCAAAGAGUUUUCGUUUCCCGCCACGAAGCCAGGUUCUCUGGAACUACAGCUCGUCUCCUCGGUCUCCAACACGACCACGGCAAUCGUAUGGGUUGAAAGUCCCGGCACAAAGGACACGUACUCGGUUACCACCGAAGGGGAACAGACCAGAGGAGGUGUCAGGGUUAAAUUAUCCGACGGCUCCGUUACUGUUACGGUGGCCAAGGAAUAG